AUGUGCAACAAGGUCUUCUACCAGUACUCCUGCGGUCACUCCACCGUCACCGUCUACGAGUGCAACAGGCACUCCGCCGACGAUGCCGACCGGACCUGCAAGCACAACAGCUGGCAUAUGACCCCCCUGGAAGAGAUCUGCUACGUCUGCGACAUGCCCGGCCCCCCCUCGCCAAGAUCCCCGUCCUCCCGAAUGUCUUUUUCUUCUUCUUCUUCGUCUUCCUCUUCUUUCCUGAGGGUGUCGCCUCCCAGACCGUCAUCGUCAUCACCGUCAUCAUCGCCUCCGUCUCUUUCUCGCCUUCGACUCGGCUCAGAGACCAGCUCCGAGACCGUCCUCGUCCGCCGGCCUAAGCAGCCGCUCGACGCCGACGCCGACGCCGACGCCGACUUCCCCCCUCCGACCAGCAUCUUCUCGACGGAGCGCCUGACCAGGUCGGAGGAAGUGUGUGCUGCCUACGAGGACUUCCGCACCGUGGUCCGCGGCGAGGAGCUGGUGGAUGUCGUGCCUCUGCGGACCCGGAAGCUCGUCAAUGCCAGGGCCGACCCGCCGCCCGGGCAGAUUGCUCGUCUCUUCGACAUGCUGUCCCGAGCUCCACAGCUGGUUCCGGGCAACACUUGA